AAAUAGAUCAGAUUUAAACCCGUGACUGGUUACUGGCAAGCAACUUCCUCGGCGGUACAAUAUGUUCUUGUAUCAUAUUUUUUUUAAAAAUUCUCAGUCGGUUGAUAAGUAGCCGCCCUCUCCCCGGUCCGCGCGCGGGCGGUGACGCCCCGCCGCCGUCUCUGGGGUUUCUCUUCCCCCUCCAUUGUCUUGUUCCAUCAGGCGGUGCGGCGGCCAGCCCUCAGGCCGGAGUCCUCGGAAGCGGCGGCAAGAUGGCGGCGCCCAGUGAGGAGCUAAAUUGUCAGGAUUUCUCUGAGUUCCAGGAUGCAUUGCGGGUGAUGCGACAAAUUGACGAUAGGAUAGUUCACGAAUUAAAUACUAUUAUCCCUACAGCAUCCUUUGCUGGAAAGAUUGAUGCAAGUCAGACGUGCAAGCAACUUUAUGAUUCUCUAAAACAGGCACACGUUAGUAGGGAAAAAGCCAUAAAGACGUGCAUAAACCAAAGUUCCAGUAGGGUGAACAAACUACGAGAAGAGAGAAAUAAAGAUAUGGACAAUUUAACGCUACUAAAACGACUUCGGAAAGAACAAACAAAUUUGAAAUUGAUGCAGUCCGAAUUAAAUGUUGAGGAGGUUGUCAAUGACAGAAGUUGGAAGGUCUUCAAGGAACGCUGCAGAAAUCAUUACAAGCCCUCAACCAGCCUGUGACACUAAAGCACUGUGAAGACAAGCCAAUUCCUGCCUGCCUGUGGCUUGUGAAGUAUGAAUCAGAUGAUAGUUGUUGAGAGUAAAGUGCAGUGGACCAUUUCAGGGACCGUUUAUAGGUAUAAUGAUUAAGACGUUUUGAAUUUGAUGGACCUAUGAUUGUGGGGAAACUGGCAGUUCCAGCAACAACUUAAAAUUGCCCAUAAAAAUGGUUCAAACAAACUUACUAUGAUGUAAACUUUGUGAGCUUUACACAAACAUACUUGUCCAUCUUGAAUAUCUUAAGACAGUUUCAUGCAUGGUUUAAACUUUUUUUUAAUUGCAUAAUGAAACAGAUCAUGUCAGAUGUUGCAAAGCAAAGUAUCUGGAAGGUUUUCAUAGCCUCAUUUACUAGAAUGUUUUUCCCUCUGUCCCGUGUAGGAUUAUUGGACAAUUUUGGUGAUGUCAUGACAAUUUUAACAAGUUUUAUCUCCCUUAAAUUGCCCAAUCCAACUUUAAUUUGCAAUAAAAGAUAUCAGACUUGCUAUUUGUUUCAAUGUUUAUUCAAUUAUAGGCUGCAUUUUAUUCAAAAAAACCUACCCUUCAGAACUGGAUUCCCAUUUAAUCACAAUUGGAAUUGCUACUACGUCACUCAGACUGUCUGAGUUGAAGUGAAAGGAAAUACUCAAAUGCCAAAACCUCUGGCUCGGUUUAUAUCUGGUAAUCAGGUAGGUGCACAGUACAAAUACCAAUGAUUAAGCUGCACAGUUUUAGAAGCCUGAGAGUUUAAUUUCUAAUUUAGACAUUAAGAGUUUAGAAUUUGAACCUGUGCCAUUCAGGCUAGGGAUUAAACAUUUGCUCUGACUUUGUUGUUAAAAUGCCAUUUACAGUUAUGUCAAAUUUUGCAAAUGUUUCCCUCUGGCUGCCUCAUCUACAGUUCAAAACAUUUGAUUUGUAAGUACAAGUUAAUGUCUUGUGUGUUCAAUUUAAAAAGAGUCCUCAAGUAACUUAUUCCAUGCAGUAGGGCAGAAACAAGAGGGGCCAAAUCUGCCAGCAAUUCAGCAUUCUUUAGAGCUUGCUGGGAAGGUAUGUUUGAAUGGGACUGGGGCACCAGAAACUUUUUUUUUCUUUCCCUGAUGCCAAAUACCUAGGCAAGUGUUCCUUCAGAGCCUGAGCGCUGCUUAAAAUUGUUGCUCUUUCUUACAAAACGUAUAAUGAUCUGUUCAAAAUCUAAAGGUAUUUUUUAAUCAUUCUUGCUAUUCACCUUAAUUUCUAGUGUCACAUGGGCAAUAAUGGUCUGCUUAGCCAUGUUUUGGGUGAUAAUUAUUUUCCAUUAAAGGUAAACAAGAUGGGGAGAGUAGUGUAUGCCAAAGCCAUCUAGAAAAUCUUUCUAGUAAAAUCUGCCCUAUCUGACAGUAAUACUUUUUAUAAAGAUCAUGAAUUGUCUCUACCAUGGGUAAAAGGAACAUUAUCUGUAUUAUUGUAUUCGUGGAAACAGUGAUUCUAUUCCAACUCAAGUGUCAAGGUUCCUUUUGUUUUAACUCAAAUCAACAGUUUUUAAAAUUUAGAUAAAAUAUGGUUCUGUUCCUGUCUAUUCAUGUGUAUUUAAAUAUUGGACAUGUUCUGUUGUGUGCAAUCUGGAGUUUGAACUUCUGAAGAAACCACAUUGAAACAAUGUUUUAUUUCUGGAGAUUGUGUCCCAUUAGUAAUAAAAAAAAUCCACUGAUGC